AUGGCAUCAACUGGGCUGAUGCUUCCUCCGCCCAGUGUAGACCAGCCUUUCAUGCAUGUGUCGGCGCUUGAGGGAGGAAAUAUUCGCAUCCCCUGCGAUUUGGUUGUGGACGGAAACUCACAGGGAGAGUCCAUCUCAUGUCCAUCUCUUGCCUUCUCACUACGACACUCCAAGACCAAGUCAUGGGUUGUCUUCGACUUAGGUAUACGGCGCGACCUCGAAGGAUGCACCCCUCUCUCCCAGGAGCGCAUCAAGGUCAUGGGGUUCGCCCCUGUUGUCAACCAGACAGUCGCGGAGUCGCUGGUUAAGGGAGGCAUUUCCCCUGAUCAGGUUGAAACUGUCAUCGUUAGCCACUUGCACUGGGAUCACAUCGGGGACCAUGAGCCAUUCACCAGAGCUACAUUUGUUGUGGGAGAAGGGUGCAGGGAACUUCUGGCUUCAGGAUACCCUAUAGACCGAAACUCCCUCUUCUCUUCGACCGCUCUUCCGCAUGAGCGCACUAAGUUUCUUCCUCUAUCCGACUUCAGUCUCCCCAUUGGACCAUUUCCGCUUGCAUUGGAUUUUUUCGGCGAUGGCAGCAUGUAUGUGAUUGAUGCGCCAGGGCAUGUAGGAGGACACAUCAACAUACUCGCGCGCACCUCCUCAGAUGGCGCGUGGAUUCUCCUUGGAGGGGAUUCCGCUCAUGACUACAGAUUGAUUACGGGCGAGAAAGAGGUCGCACAUAGUAUUGAUUCAUCAGGUCGCGUCAGGUGCAUUCAUGGAGAUAAGGAAAAAGCGGUGGAGAAUAUUGCAAGGAUCCGGUCGCUGUUGGGAAUUCCGAGAGUGCAGGUAUUGAUUGCUCAUGAUUCGAAGUGGUAUGAGGAGAACAAGGGCUCCGCGGCCUUCUUGCCUGGUAUUAUACCGCCAUUGGCUGCAUGA